CGGGGAGAAUUUGACACGUGUCUCUGAGGCUGCGAUGGUAAAAGGUGGAGGUCUUGCUCUUCGUUCGAUGUGAUGCGAUGCUCUCGUUCUUGUUCAGGAGAUUGAAAAUCGAGGAGAUUGAAAAAUAGGGGCUCGAGAAAUUCGCAGAGACAGGAUUCGCCAGGUGGAGAGGAUUCAGCGCAAUGGCAGCGAAGUGGGCGCAGAAAACUAUCAUUCUCCCUCCGCACAAAAGAGGAUGCCAUCUGAUUACAUCUCAAGUUAUGAAGGAAAUUCAAUCAGAUCUUGCAACAUUCAAAUGUGGACUUGCUCAUUUAUUCCUGCAGCAUACCAGUGCUUCCUUGACUAUCAACGAGAACUAUGACAGCGAUGUCCUGGAUGAUGUUGAGACUUUUCUUAAUGAUACGGUCCCCGAGGGAAGAAAAGCUCGUUGGAAACAUGUCCUAGAAGGGCCUGAUGAUAUGCCUGCCCAUAUCAAGUCCUCGAUGUUCGGUUGCUCUGUUACGGUUCCAAUCACAGAUGGGCGCUUAAACCUCGGCACAUGGCAGGGAAUUUGGCUCUGUGAGCACCGAGAUCAUGGAAGCGCGCGAAAAGUUGUAAUAACUCUGCAGGGAGCCUAGGUCAUCUGCCUUAUGGUAUAUCUGUAUAAAAGGAACGCGAAACAUCUAGGCGACAUGUGGGAUGAGAAAAGGUCAUCUGAUGGUGAUGACGUAUCCAGGUUUAGCUUUGGUUCACAUUAUCACUGUGCAUGACUCGUGUACAUGCUUGUAUAGUUCACCUAUGACGGAAUUCGAAAAUGGAUUUCUAAUUGCUAUUAUACCUGUUAUUGCAAGCCCCCCUGUUUCUAAUAAGAAAGGAACUCUCUGGGGUCUAAAUUUUGAGGGUACAUAAAGUGGUGAUGAGGUUGACAUUGAGAUAGAUCGAAGGAUUCAUGGUUCGAAUAUGCACUGUAGAAGAAACAUGUGGGUUUCUCGUAUUUCAUAACAUUAGGACGUGAGAGAUGUGCGCGCGAAGGAUGUGCGGGCAUGUAUGAUUCCCAUGAACAAUUUGAGCUUGAUUGGAAACAGACACGGCUUUCGUGUAUCAAGCAGUAAUAAGUGAAUGGCUCGUAUCAUAGGUGUGUGGAAGCA